AUGGAGACUAUCAGAAAGUUUGGUCUGCAAUACUGUGAUGUGGAAACCAUGUUGUGGAAUGUUUCUGUCCUGUCAAGAGCACUCCUACUAAAUAUUGAUGAGAGAAAUAAGAAACCGAUCCCAAUAAUCUCGUAUAUCCUGGGCAUUUCAAUCAGCCUGGGCUACUUCUACGUGUACCUCGUGUCUAUGAUAUGGUUCGUGUUCCACCGCUGUGCAGCCAAUGGCGACCUGUUGGCGGCCAUUGUUGUUUUUUCACUGGGAGUCAGCAGCGAAAUUGGAACUGUUAAGCUGAUAUUCAUGUUUUUGCAUAUUGGUACGGUCAAGCAGAUAGUGACAGAAUGCCUGGCAUGCCAGGCCACUGUGGUGGCUGGCAGUCGUUUUUCCAACAAUUUGCUGGCAACACUGAGAGAUGUGAAGAAGAGGGCUAUGGUAUUCUGGAUAGUUAUAAUUGCCAAUGGCAUCGUGUAUGUUGCUAAACCUAUCAUUUUGCCCGGGAGACAUUUUUCUGAAGACUUGUUUAUAUUUUAUGGUCUAGAACCAAUGCAAGAGAAUCCAAAUUAUCAAAUAGCCUCCGUGUUACAAGCUGCUGGAGUUAUCUUUACUUGUUACCCGCCAGCCACCAUCACGGCGUUCCUUAUCGUCGUCUCCGGCUACGUAGAGGCACAAAUGCUAUCACUCACUGAAGAACUACUGCAUCUCUGGGAAGACGCGGAGGCAGAUUAUUACAAAACGAACCAAGUCAUCAGUGUUUUAGAUUAUAACAAAGAAAGAAACCUUAAAAGCAAAGCUGUUAAUGAGUACGUAGAAAAACAUCUGAAAGACAUAAUCCAAUCACAUGGGAGGAAUAUUAACCUACUGCAUAAACUUGAGCAUGUGUUCAGCGGAGCUAUUGCCUUAGAAUUCUUGUUACUUGUCAUUGGUCUUAUAGCUGAACUGCUGGGAGGAUUAGAAAAUACUUACUUGGAGAUACCAUUUGCUCUGAUGCAAGUGGGUAUGGACUGUUUCACUGGUCAGCGAGUCAUGGAUGCUAGUGUGAAGUUCGAAAGAGCAGUCUACGAUUGUAAAUGGGAGAACUAUAAUUUGUCUAACAUGAAAAUCGUGCAGACAAUGUUGCAGAGUUCGCAGAAGACUAUGAAAUUAUCUGCGGGUGGUAUCAUCAUGUUGAGUUCCAGCUGUCUGAUGCAAGUCAUCAGGUCGAUAUAUUCGGCGUACACGACGCUGAGGUCGACUAUGAAGUAGUUGUACUUCAUAUUAGACACAAAUGAUAGAAUAGUUCAUUAGUAAAAAUUGACUAUAGCAAUAGCAUAGUGUAGACUAUAGACUGAUAUCCCUAACUUUAAAUAAGUUAGAAAAUUAAACCUUUGUUUUUGGACCCUGAACUGAACCUUUGUAGUUGAAUAUAUCGGACAAUAAUUUACUCAAAUCGGACUGUUGGUGAUUCGGUAAAAGCUAUGUAGCACAAGUUUAAAAACAAAUAAUAUGCAACACAAUAGUCGAAAGAACAAAUUAUUCACGAUAAUAACGUAGCUGACAAACCAAUCAAACAGUAGAUUGACGAUGACAGACUGCAAACAAAUAGAUUGGUAAUUAUGAUUGUGAAGAAUGAGUUCACCGCCAU